GACUAGAAUACCUUUCGAAGCAGAGAGGCUCGGAUGAAGUGUAUUCCCAUCUCUGUGAAAAAUUCGAGCAGCUUCAACUCUGCCUUUAGUUCCAAACUUGAGCCUUGAAGGAAAAGCCAUGGCCUCGGUCACAGCUAUCAAGAAGAUGAGGGAGGAAGCCACCUGUUCCAUUUGCCAGAAGUUGAUGACAGAGCCUGUGAGCAUCAACUGUGAGCACAGCUACUGCCGCUCCUGUAUAGAGGGCCAGCUUGGAACUCAGAUGCAUAUGACUGCAUGGUUGGGAAGAUUCUACUGUCCUAAGUGUGAGGCUCCAUUUACCAGAGGAAGCAUCCGGACCAACAAGCAGCUACAAAGCGUCAUUGAUUACGUCAAGGACAUAGAUGUCAAAUGGUUGUGUGAAGACCAUAAAGAGAUUCUCAACAUAUUCUGUGAAGAUGACAGCCAGCUCAUUUGCUCACGCUGUGAACGAAAACCGGAACACAAAGGGCACCUCACAGCUCAUGUUGAAGAUGUACGCCAAAGCUACAAGGAAGAGAUUCAGAAAGCUACGGCAAAACUGAAACAAUUGGAAGACCAUUGUAAUAAUCUGUUGUUGUGUACAAGGGAGCAAAUACUUUCCUGGGAGGUAGGAAUUUGUGUAGAAUUGCACCAAAUGGGGGAUUAUUGGACAAAGCACCAUGAUGGGUUACUCACAUUUGAGAGUAUAGAAUUUCAGAAACAAAAUAUUCACUCAGACUUCGAAAAUAUCCAUACCUUCCUGUACAAAGAGGAGAUGUCUUUUAUGAAUAAACUGGACAAAGAAAAAGAAAAGACUAAGAAGAGAUUGCAGUACAAUGAAGCCAUGCUGUUAAGGCAGAGCCAGGCACUCAAGAAAUACAUCUUGGAACUAGAGAAGAAAUGUCAGGGUUCAGCCCAGAAUUUGUUGCAGGAUGUGAAGGAUACCUUGAGCAGAAGCUCUGCUGUGAAGCUGAUUAUACCAGAGAAAAUCUCUACGAAGGUUCACACCGUGUGUGAUGUUUCAGAACGUUAUUUUGAUGUGAAGAAAAAGUCAAAAGAAUCUCUAAAUCUGAACUUUGGGGUCCAAGAACAGAACCUGUUGAACUUUCUUCAGGGAGUUAAAUUGGAGAUUGCAGAAGCUUCGAGAUUGGAGGCACAGAAAACCAGGGAAACUGUGACCAGAGGAAAGGCCAUGGCCUCAGCCACAACUAUCCAGACACUGGAGGAGAAAGUCACAUGUUCCAUCUGCCUGGAUAUAAUGACUGACCCCGUGAGCAUUGACUGUGGGCACAUUUUUUGCUACACAUGUAUAUCAACUUUAAUUGAUAAACAAAAUGAGACACCACUAAACUAUAGGUCCUACCGCUGUCCCCUGUGUUCCUCACCAUUUCAAGUGAAUAAUAUCCGUGAUGUCAAACAGUUUCAAAGUCUCAUUGAGACCAUCAAGGAAAUGAGUUGUGAAAAGCUUUGUAAGGAGCAUGGAGAGAAGCUCCACCUUUUCUGUGAAGAUGAUUACCAGCUCCUCUGCUGGCGCUGUGAGCGGUCACCACAGUACAAAGGACAUGCCACAGUUCUUGUUGAAGAUGUCAGCCAAGGCUAUAGGGAGAAGAUACAGUCUCAAAAAGAAAAAAUCCAGCUUGACUUUAAUAUGUUCUAUACAUUUCUGAAAGAAGAAGAAAAAUUUUAUUUAUUAAGGCUGGAGGUAGAAGAAAAGCAGAUCCUGCAGACUCUGGAGAAAGAUGAAGCUGGGCUGCUGAAGCAGAACCAGGAUAUUUGGAGACUCAUCCUGGAGCUACAAAAGAGAUGCCAGGGCUCAGCCCAGGAUUUGCUAGAGGAUGUGAGUGACAUCUUGAUUAGGUCAGUACAGAGGAAUGCAGGACACAAAGGGGGGUGGGUAUGUGGAGCUGAGUGGAAAGUCUCAUGGAGGAAAUCUCUGGAUUCUUGUAGGACUUCAGAUGUGAAGCUGCAGUUACCAGAGAAGGUUGACUUGGAGGUUCACACAGAGUGCAAUGUUUCUGAACUCAGUGUGAAGAAAGCGUUAAAGUACUAUGAAGUCAAACUGACUCUAGAUCCUGACACAGCUCAUAAAGACCUGCAUCUGUCCACGGACAAGAGACAAGUCAAACAUUACUGUCCCCGGAAGAUAAAUAAUUCUUCUGAGAGAUUAUGGCCCUUUCCGUUUGUGCUGGGCUGUUUGUUCUUCACCUCAGGGAGAAAGUACUUUGAAGUAGAUGUAGGAAAGGGAACCGGGUGCAGCAUAGGAGUUUGUUUGGAAAAUGCGGGGCAUCACUUUUAUGUAAAAAUGCAGCCUCAGUCUGGAUUCUGGGCCAUCAAACUCCGUAAUCAAACGGAUUGUUUGGCUCUUACCUGUCCACCCACACGUCUCCUGCUGGAUAAGAAGCUCCAGGUUGUGGGGGUGUUUUUAGACUUUGAGGCAGGCUUUGUUUCUUUUUACAACUCAGAGACUGGCUCUCAAAUCUUCACCUUUCCCAAGGCUUCCUUCUCUGAAAAACUCAGGCCCUUUUUCAGUGUGGUCCAAGAUUCCCCUUUGGUGGUGUCUCCUCAAAGAUAA